CAGACAAAGAAAAAGUGGUUUUGUCGGCUUAUACUUUGCCAGAUUAAACUGAUUUUGCGUCGGACUCUUUAUUAGGCUUUGCAAUGCUCGGCCCACGAAGAAAAGAAAGUAGGGCUGUUCCGCGCCGCAUGCUUUUGGCGCACCAUUGCCGCGUGCAGUGAAGAACGAGCUUUCUUUCUCUCUCUCUCUCUCUUUUGCAAAGCACGCACCCGAGCGCUGCUUCGAUCCUGGACCACCAGCAACGCGGUUGCUGCCGUUUUUCCGCGGCCCCCGGGAAAGAAGAUCGCGAGACGUCAUGGACAAGAUCAAGUGCGGCCCCAUCGUCGAAAUGCUCGGCGACGACAUGUCCAGGGUAAUCUGGGAGCAGGUCCGCGACAAACUCAUCGCGCCCUACGUCGACAUCGACCUGAAGGUGUACGACCUGUCCAUCGGCAACCGGAACGAGACGGACAACAUGGUGACGCUGCAGGCUCGCGACGCGCUGCGGCGCUACAACUGCGGCAUCAAGUGCGCCACCAUCACGGCCGAGCGCGACGUGCUCGAGAUGUACCAGCUGAAGCGCAUGUGGCAGUCGCCCAACUCGGUGAUCCGCAACGCGCUCGGUGGCGCCCUCUUCCGCGAGCCCAUCAUCUGCGCCAACGUGCCGCCGCUGAUCAAGCAGUGGCGAAAGCCGAUCGUGGUCGCCCGACACGCGUUCGGGGACCAACACCUCGGCAGGGAUUUCGUGGUUCCGGGCCCGGGAUCGUUGGACGUGUGCUACAAGCCGGACAUUGGCUCGCCGUACCGCAUGCGAGUUUACGACUUCGAGGACACGCAGGGCGUGGCCGCGGUGAUGUGCAACACGGACAAGUCCAUCACGGAGUUCGCCUACAGCUGCUUCCAGUUCGCGCUCAGGCGCAACUUGCCGCUCUACCUGAGCACCAAGGAGACGAUCCUCAAGAAGUACGACGGCCGCUUCAAGGACAUCUUCGAGCGCCUCUACGAAAAGAAGUACAAGCCGAGGUUCAAAAACGUCGGCAUCUUCUUCCAGCACCGCCUCAUGGAUGACAUGGUGGCCAGGUCGUUGCGGAUGGAAGGCGGCUUCGUGUGGGCCUGCAAGAACUACGACGGCGACAUCCAGUCCGGGUUCGUGGCCCAGGGGUUCGGCUCGCUCGGCCUCAUGACGAGCGUGCUCAUCUGCCCCGACGGCAAGACGCUAAUCGCGGACGUCGCCCACGGCACCGUGACGAAGCACUUCCGCCGCUACAAGGCCGGCUUCGAGACGUCCACCAACUCGAUGGCCACCAUCUUCACCUGGACGAAGGGGAUACGGCACAGGGGCAAGCUGGACGGCGACGCCAAGCUGGUCGACUUCGCCAGGAUCCUCGAGAGGGUGGUCGUCGACCUCGUCGAGUCGGGCUACAUGACCAAGGACUUGGCCAUGUGCGUCAGGGGGUUCGGGAACGUCCGCAGGGAGGACUACCUCAACACGUUCGAGUUUAUCGACAAGGUGGCCGAGCUCAUGACGCCGGCCUACAAGCAGGUGUUCAUGGAACAGUCUGUUUAAUUUCCUCGCUUUGUUUUCUGCGUGCUUUUUUGCAAGUAGUAGUGUUUUUUUUCCAAUUUAUUGCAACAUUUCCAGCUUCUUUUGAAAUAAUCGCCUGUGUUAUUACGACGAGAAACGAUGCCGACUUUUACAUUCUCGAAGAUUUUUAAAUAUUUGUUGGCUUUAGACGUUGGCACGUUUAGGCGACGCCGACUAUUAUACUCUCGUAUUUUUGUGCUCUACAAGGAACAAAGUCACCCGAGUAAUUUAUAUGGUAAAGAAUGCGUUACCGUGUGAAAGUGUUUGCACUCGUGCUUGCAGUGUCCAACGCAAGGAACCAGGGUUGAUAAGCAGACAGGUAUCCGUGUCUAUUCAAGCAUUUUUUUCUUUAUUGCCUAGCCAUGAACUUGCAUGGACGGCCGGUUCGCUGGAGCGACGUCGGCAAGUGCAUUCUCGUCCUGCCCUUUACUCAUUCAAAGUCUUGCAUACACGACGCGUCAAAGACGCAAACCCUGCCAAUUGUCUCGGAGCCUUGAGUUGCUUAAAAGUCACGGUGCCAAGGCAUCGUGGGGUGAACGGAGCGUACACUUUAGGUGUGCCGACGCAGCGCAAUCGAGCUUCGAGGUUCUUGUUGGUUGUGGACGCCGCGCGUUGGUUGCGAGACAUUCGUACACAGCUCGGCUUGUCGUGUUUAGUUAAUGCUGUGUGCCUUAGUUAGGGAUGCCCGGUCUCGCCACUCGUUGACGCGACGCAGGCAGAAGAAGAUGGCGGACAAACCAGUUGCGUUCCACGUUGGCCGCCUCACCCUUUCCUUUUGCAACAAUACCCUCCUCCCAUUCCACCGCAGCGCCCUCGGCGCAUUCUCAUGUGGAAUAAACGUGGUUUCAUUAAUUUAUUGCACGUUGUGAUCCUAAGCUUGAGAAAGUAAAAAAAAAAAAAAUAAACCAUGCAGAUCCAACGCUCAUAACUUUGUACAACGUUUCCGCGUAACUUAUAGAUGUUGGCGCUUGCCUAUACAUAGUAUGCGCGUGAAGCCAUAUCCGCUGCUGUCGUCUGCUUCCGCCAUCUUGGGGUACUUAUCAGCAGGCGCGCGCAUAGGCCUUUGGGUUCGCCAACAUGGCGCUGCCGUAAUCGUGGAGUAUCGUUGAAUGACGUACGUGCAUACUAUGUAUAGGCGCUUACGAUGUGGGCGUCUAUACGUUAUUUGGUGCGCAUGCUUAUGAGACGAGCUCGCUUUUUCGCAGAGUUUGCUUCUCACUAACUAGGCGUUGCGCAGGCGUUUGUUUGACAUCCUGGUACC